GGCAUUUUGACUCUGUGUCAAAAGGUUUGAGACAAUUCAUUCAUCAACAAUUCAAUGGCUUCAUCAAACAGCAUCUCCGCCGCUGACCUCGCUCGUAUGCACGGUGCAAACCCCGCGACGGUCGGCGGUCACGAAGACAUCGUCGACCCCUUCCCAUCUCUCGGUGGGGGCGAACCGACCCCCGCUGUCAGGGCAUCGAGCUCCCGUCCUACGCAAGCACCGUCAGGCGCACUGGAUACAGCUUCCGAAGCUGCGUUCCCAAGCUUGGCUGCUCCCGCUCUUCGCCAGCCUGACAAGGCCCCGGCGAAGAGCAAGUGGACUGCUGGCUCUGCUGCCGUCAAGGGAAAAGGAAAGGCUCCUGCCGGUAAGCCCAAUGGAACUGCGUCGCCUGGUCCCGCCAUCGCCAAGCAGGUGUUGCCCACCGACACCCUCGUCAUCGAAUCGCCUGUGCUGCAGCCGAAACAGUCAGUCGGAGAUGUAUGCAGGAUCGUCAUGAAAAAGCACGGUGUCAACAUCGACCCUAGCUCGCAGAUGAAGUCCGGACGGAAGGAGACAACCUUCUUGAUCAAGGCGUCAACUGCCAAGUUGGUGGAAGAGGCUCGCAAGAGCUUGGUCUCGAUGCUUUCGCCGGUGAUUACGUUGACUAUCGAUGCCCCUGUCUCCACGAUUGGUCGGAUUGUUGGUCCCAAAGGUGCUGCGCUCAAGGCCCUUCGUGACGAGUUCAACGUCCGUGUCGACAUUCCCAGGCGCGAGACCCUGCACACCAACGGUGAUGCUGCCACCCUGCCUGCGAAUGGAGAUGCCGAUGAAGUCGAAGAACCUACCCUGACCGUCACCAUCAACGGGCCUGCUCCCGGUGCUCGUCACGCGUACGCACACAUCCACGCCAUCGUCGCCGAGAAAACGAGCAGGACCUCGACAAAGGUUCCCGUUCCUCGCCAGUUCUGGCCAUUCCUCUCUGCCAAGAAGGAUGAGCUGGAAGCAGGCCAGGAUGUCAAGAUCACCAUUCCAAAGCCCUACCACCCGACGGAAGAGGACGACGAUGCCACUGCUGCAGAGAAGUCCCACGCUGUCCACAGCGCGCCUGUCAUCAUCUCCGGUGAGAGGAAUGCUGUCGCACUGGCAGCAGAUCGCGUCAAGGCUAUGGUCAACGAUCUUGAGCUGAACACCAAGGAGCUCGCAUACAAGUUCCCCAAGCGUCAGCAUCGUUUCCUUGUCGGCGAGGCAGCUAGGAAGAUUGUCGAGGACACCGGAUGCAGUGUGGAACUGCCCGCAUUCGACGAUCCUUCUGAGGAGGUCGUCAUCCGCGGCCCCGAGGAUCAGCUUCCCAUCGCUCUUGGAGCCGUCAUGAAGCAAGCCAAUACGGCAAGUGUUCUGCAGGUCGACCUGAACAAGAUCUACCCUACGCCUCCAAAGCAUGCCCAUCAGCUGCUGAUGUUCCUCACUCGUUCUGGCAGGCUCCGGAAACUCGGCGAGGCGCACCCUGGUGUCAAGUUCUUCGCCCCUCGGCAGGCUCUGGUCGACUCUACAGGUGGUCACGUCGUUAUCGACAUCGUGGGUGAUAACAAGGCCUUGGUGCAAAAAGGGCGCGACGAUCUGGACGCGGCCGUCAAGCAGCUUACGGCCGAGUGCUUCGACAGCAUAGAGAUUGAGCCCCUGACUCACAAGUUCCUGAUCGGUAAGAAAGGGCAGAAGCUCAGAGCCUUUCAAGAUGCUCACGGCGUGGACGUCCUCUUCCCGCACGAGGGCUCGGAUACAUCUACCGUCCUGCUGGUGUACACGCACCCCAUGGAAGGGGACAAGAAGACCAACGAGGCAGAGAUCAGAAAGCGCUUAGCUGAGGUCAAGGCGGAGAUGGCCGCGAUGGAGAAGGAAGCCGCGGAUAUGAAGACAGAGACUCUCAAGGUUGACAAGAAAUGGCACAGGUUCAUCGUCGGCCAGGGGGGGACUACGCUCAAUGGCAUCAUCGGCGAGGAAAAGGCUAUCAUCAUCAGGGUUGGAUCUAACAACAAGCCUGGCGCUCACGUUAAGGAUAAUGUGGAUGAGGACUCUAUCGUCAUCCGCGGCCCGAAGGAUCAGGUGGAGCGCGCUACUAAGGAGAUCCUACAGAUCGUCGAGGAUGCCAAGAACGACGAUAUUGUGAAUGGAUUUACGGAAGAGUUCCACGUCAACCGCGAGUUUAUCGCCCGCAUUGUUGGGACCGGGGGUUCUAGUAUCAAGAAGAUCCGUGACGAGCUCGGCGUUCGGAUCGAUAUCGAUGAACAGGAACCUGCUGGGGAGGAAGUCAAGGGGAAGAAGAAGAAGGCGCCCUCGACGGCUAACAUCAAGAUUGUUGGGAGGAAAGAAAAUGUCCUCAAGGCCAAGGAGCGGAUCUCGGAACAGGUCGACCGCAUGGCGGACGAGACGACUGAGAUCCUGAAGAUUCCCGCACAGUAUCAUCCUUCCCUUAUUGGUCAGGGCGGGAAGUACGCCAUCCGCUUGGAGGAGAAGUAUGGUGUGAAGAUCACGUUCCCUAAGGAGAAAGAGGAAAACGAUGCGGAGGGACGGAAGAGGGACCCGCAUGUCGGGAAGGAUGAGGUGCUCCUCCGUGGUGGUAGGAAGGGCGUUGCGGGUGUUAAGGCUGAGCUUCUCGAGACCGUUGAGUUCGAGAAGGAGACAAACAAUGUGCUCAAGUUCACCGUCCCGCAAUCUGCCAUUUCUCGCAUUGUUGGUAAGGGCGGCCAACAAAUCAACGAGAUCAAGGAUCAGACCAACACCCACAUUGAUAUCGAUCGUGAGAACAAGGGUGGCACUACCGGUAUCACGGUCAAGGGCGGCAAGAAGGAGACCGAGGCGGCCAAAAAGGCUAUCCUGGCUAUUGCUGCCGAGGUGGACGAUGAAGUGACCGUGAUCGUCGCCAUCGAGCAGAAGUAUCACCGUACCAUCAUCGGCGUGGGUGGUCAGGGCCUGCGUGACCUUAUUGGACGCUGUGGAGGUCCUGCCGACCCUCGUACGCAAGCCGGCCUCGUUCAAUUCCCUCGACAAGGCGAGUCUCAGGAUGAGGUUCGCCUGCGUGGUAAGCGCGUGCUGGUCGAUAAGAUCAAGGUGGAGCUAGAAAAGGUUGCUGAGGGUCUUCGUGAUCGUGUUGUUCUGGCUGUCAGUGUGCCAAUCGCCGUUCACAGCGCCCUCAUUGGCCGUGGUGGCAAGCGGUUGCAGGAACUCCAGGAGUCCACCGGUGCCCAGAUCCAGUUCCCUGGGUCUAGGUCGUACGGUGCUGUGGGCGAUGCCGAGAACGCAGACGAGGUCAAGGACUCGGAGCCACAAGAUGUUGUCAAGGUUUAUGGCUCUCGCGCUGCUUGCGCAAAGGCGAUCGCCGAGAUCAAGAAGGGCGCUGAAACCUUCGCCGCUUCUCCUGCUCACAAUCGCACACAGCGUGCGCCACAGGAGACUUCUGUAAAAGCUGUGCCGCUGAAAUACCACCAUGUCAUUUCACAAGGCGGGGCAUUCUUCCGUUCCUUGCGCGCGUACGGCGUCACGGUGGACCAUUCGACCGUGCCCGAAAAGCCCGAGAUCAAGCCCCCGACGGGCGGCUCCCAGGAGGAGGCCCGCAUUGAUCAGCCUGUCUCUCCGUCAGAAGGUGCUCAGUGGGAUAUCGUCCCCAACUAUCAGCACAUGCCGGAAGGUGAUGCUGAGUGGACGAUCAAGGCGAAAUCGAAGGAAGGAUUGGAGCGCGCCGAGAAAGAGUUAGAGGAGGCUAUCAAGCAUGCGGCCACCUACACGCAUAUUGGCUUCCUCACUCUUCCGAACCGCACCAUGUUCCCUCGGAUCGUCGGUUCCAAGGGUUCCACCAUCACCAGGCUCCGAGAGGAGACCGGCGCCAAUAUUGAUGUUGGUCGUGAUAACAACACCAUCAUGAUCACAGGCUCCGAGGACUCAAUCAACAGGGCAAAAGAGGUUAUUGAGAAGAUUCUGGAAGGUGGUCGCGGUCGAGACUACUAAUUGUGACCAUCAUUUCCGUUUCUCAGCCUCCUAUCUAUCGGUUUUUCUAUCAUUUGGACCUGCAUUCAUGCACACUAUAUCCAUUCAUAUUUCUCCGUUCUAAGUUGCCUGUCGGGGGGGUCGCAGGGAGCUUUUGAGUUGGAGACAUGACCAUGACGUUUCAUCCUUAUGCACCAUCCCAAAAUGCAGGCCCUCUUAGAAUAUCACAUGUAGCAUUGUGCAAUCAAAGGGUAAUUUAAUCUGC